GCCCAUCGUGAAGUAUUCGGUAUGUUGCUGGUGCUUUCCAGUAGUUUUGCUUUUGAGUAACUAAAUACACGCGAAAUGUGGAGAUGAUAACGUUGCGAAGGAGAACCCCUUCAGUUUGAAGCUAUAGUUUUGCCAAUACUUUGCACUCUGAAGAGGCCCAUUAAGUAAUACAGUAGAUCUCCCAAUAGGGUGUGCUACAGUCUGUCUCGAUCUCUAGAGAAUGGGAAGUUUUUUAAAUCUGAAACGAUUAUAUAAAAUGGGGUUGAUUCCUUCCUUGUGCACAGUGCUGCCAGGAUAGGCACUGUCUUCCUGAUACUCAAAACUGGAGAACUGUUAUGGUGCAUUGAUUGAUGGAUGGCUAUAAUAGCUAAAGACUAGUGUAAUUGGUGUCAUGUUAGCUGUGUUAUGUCAAAUGCUGUGAUGUUGCAGGGUCUCUUCAACUGGCUUCUAGUGGCAGGACUUGUGUCUUGUAGUGUGACUGAUUCUAAGGACACACAACCAAUCUCCAGUUACCAUGACUACUGUGUGCUGGGAGCAGGUCCCUCUGGUUUACAAAUGGGAUAUUUUUUGGAGAAACAGGGAAGGGACUAUAUAGUUUUGGAGCGAAGUGACAUCCCUGGGAGUUUCUUCCAGAGAUAUCCACGUCACAAUCGGCUAAUAAGUAUCAACAAGCAGUAUACUGGAAAAAGUAACAAAGAGUUCAACCUGCGACAUGAUUGGAACUCCUUGUUGAGUGAUGAUGACACACUAUUGUUUCGGCAUUAUUCUUCUGAAUUUUAUCCCCAUCGUGAGUCCAUGCUCCACUACCUGAAAGACUACACCUCCAAACUUGGCAUCAAAGUGAAAUAUGGCACAGAGAUCAUUAGUGUUCAUAAAUUUGAUGAAGGCACUUCUUGGUAUAGCCACCAAUACAAAUUAAUAGAUAAAAUGGGAAACAGUUUUAGUUGCAGUGCACUACUGGUUGCAACAGGCCUGUGGGUUCCACACAUUAUUAACUUUCCUGGUUCUGAGCACCUUGAAGGCUAUGAAUCCAUCUCAGUUGAUGCAAAAACAUUUGUUGGCCAAACAGUUCUUAUUUUGGGAAAGGGAAAUUCAGCCUUUGAAACCGCAACUAAUCUUCUUGGUGUGACAAACCAUAUUCACCUCUAUAGCAGAUCACCUGUAAGGUUAGCCUGGGAAACGCACUAUGUAGGUGACUUGAGGGCUUUUAACAAUGAACUUUUGGACACCUACCAGUUGAAAUCUCUAGAUGGACUUGUAGAGGGUAGUCUAGAGGAGCUGGCAGUGUUAAAAGAUAACCAAGGCCAGCUUCACCUUACUUUGGCACAGCUGCUGCAAGAGCUUAAUGUGUCUACACAUGCUGAAAAACAUGGUUUGGACAGUCAGACCCUCAUGGCUCUUCUUCCCUCAUACCAAGAUGACAACUUCUCCAUGAGGAGGCCUUACAACCGAAUUAUUCGCUGCCUGGGAUUUGAAUUUGACUUCUCCAUAUUUCGCAAUGGAACAAAACUCACCCCAGUGGCUGGAGGCAGGAAAAAGUAUCCUCGUAUUACACCAUGGUAUGAGGCAGUGAAUGAUCCUGGAAUUUUUGUGAUUGGGACUGCAAGUCAUUCCAUUGAUCAUCGAAAGUCCGCUGGAGGUUUCAUACAUGGUUUUAGGUACACAGUGCGUGCUGUGCAUCACAUUUUGGAAAAGCGCCAUCAUGGAAAUGUAUGGCCAACAACAGUACAACCUACUAGCCUCCUUUUAAAAAACAUCCUUCGCCGGUUGAAUGAGGCAUCAGGAAUAUACCAAAUGUUCAGUGUACUGGGAGAUGUGGUGUUAAUGCAGAGCAAGGGUUCUCAAUUUAAAUAUUUAGAAGAAUUUCCUCUCUUAUCACUGCCUAAAUUGGAGGACUUGUCAGGACACCAGGUUGAGCCUUCUGGACUGUUUGUUAUAAACAUGGAAUAUGGAAAGAAUCUGAGUAAUGUUUUGGGAAAGAAUCGGGCGGUAACCAGUUGGAAAGAUGCCUGGCGAUCAAACUUUCUGCACCCUGUCAUAUAUUUCUACAAAGCACUGCCCACAGAAUCGGAGAUGAGGUUGCGCCCACAAGACUGGCCUCUGCCUCGCCCUCAAGCUAUACAUCCCAUCGUAGAAGACUUUCUUACAGAGUGGUCUGCUCCUGUGUCUCACAUUCAACCACUGAGGCGUUUUUUGGAGAACUGCUUGGGCACUGAUCUGAGGACUUUUUAUGCAGAGACUUGCUUCAAGCAUGCUCUGAUUAGUAAGAAGACACCACUAUUCUGCCAACAAGGUUACCUGAAGGGCCAGGGCCUUGUAGGAAAUAAAAGGUUGUGGCAGCAUGCAGUGGAUGCUGGACUGAUGGAUGACUGCCGUUCGGACACUACCAGAGAAGAGCCAGAUGAUGAUAUGUCUUUGUGAAGCAGCACAAUGCCAGAAGGAAUUCUCAUGUGAAUACUUGGUGGUGCUAGCAGUGAGCUUACAAUUUGUGGUCUGAUAAAUUGAUUGAAUUAAUAUUCAAGAACCACUGCAGCAUUAAGAAAGAUACAAAUAGUGUUUCUAAUAACAUCUGCAUUGUGCCUAAGAAAAUGUGGACUGAUUAAAAUGUAAGGAUACUUUAUCUAAGUUGGCAAAAAUAUGCUUUAAUUAUAUUUUAAAAUAAAGUGGUUUGUUAUCCAGGA